AUGAGUAUCGUGUGUGGUGUGGCGUCGACUAUCGGUCUCUAUAUGUGGUUCGGAGUCAAGCUGCAGCUGAUUAUUAUGGAGGUCGUUCCUUUCCUGUCGCUGGCAAUCGGUGUUGACAACAUCUUCUUGCUGAUCCACGCUAUGACUGAAAAGGAGGAUCAAAUGCGUCGUGAACAGCCCAGUCUCUUUGUUGGUCUCGAGCACAACCCGAAGGCGAUCGAGGAGAUCACCACGACGAUCGUGUCCGAGAGUCUGGCGUACAUUGGCCCCAGUAUUUUCAUGGCGUCUGCAGCGGAAUCAGUGGCGUUUGCCUUCGGUUCCAUCUCGGCGAUGCCUGUGGUGCUCUGGUUCGCAGCUAUGGCCUGUUGCGCCGUGGCGAUUAACUUCUGCUUCCAGAUGACCUUGUUCCUGUCUGUUCUCACUCUGGACAAACGUCGUGAGCUGAGUGGCAAGUAUGACAUCAUAUUCAAGCGUGCCUCGUACGUAAAGGCUCAGGCUCGUGCCGCUGGCCCGCAGACCCAGCAAACAGCAGAGCCCCUGGUGUCAUUGGAGCCCAAGACGCCUGCACCCGAAGAUGCUCGUCGUUCUAUGACACCGGAGAACCGCACAUUGACGGAUGUUCUCGACCACUGCGUGGAUGUGUACGCGUCGUUCUUGACCUACAAACUCGUGAAGCUGCUCGUGCUAUUGGUCUUCCUUGGAUGGACACUGUGGUCCAUCUAUUCGAUGGAGUCGCUGGACCAGGGUCUUCCCCAGAAGGAAGCGAUGCCAUCGGACUCGUACAUGAUUGACUACUUCAAUGCGCUGGACGUGUAUCUGGCAACUGGUGUGCCGGUGUACUUCAUUGUUGAAACAGGCUACGGACGCAACCCGGAGACGUGGUCGCUGAACGAUGAGAGUGUGGAGACGAUCUUCUGUAAGUCGAAGGAUAUCUGUGGUACCUACUCGAUCCCGAACAUCAUGAACGCGCUGGCCAACCAUGGCGACAAGACUGUCACUCACAUCAGUCCGGGUACGACUUAUUCGUGGAUGGACGACUACUGGGGCUUCGUGAACCCUGACAGUGAGUGCUGUCGUGUGGAUUCCGAGGGUGCGUACGUUCCGAUCGAGAGCGGCAACGAUACGUACACAACUCUGCGCGCGGAAGCCGACACGUGUUUGGCUACGUCGGUGACCGUACCGCCGGUACCGCAGGCUCAGUACAUGUCGCUCUUCAGUAUGUUCGCUACUGCUAGUGCCGGCACGUCGUGCUCGUACGGUGGUGGUUCCAUCUACCGUGGCCAGUUUAGUAUUGACGAUGAGCCAAUUCCGACUGUGAACGCUUCGACGCCUGCGGUGAAGAUCAACAGCAGCGGUUACGGUGACGAGAUCACGGCUUGGUCGUACAUGGUGACGGGCACGUCCAAUCCGACGCAGCAGCGCUACAUCGACUCGUACAAACAGAAUCUAGCGGCGGCCGAGUGGAUCAGCGAGAAGACAGGUGUGGAUAUCUGGGUCUACUCGCUGACGUACGUGUACUUCGAGCAGUAUCUGACUGUGAUAAAAGACGCCUACCGGCUCAUCGGGCUCGCACUGGCUGCUAUCUUCGUGAUCACGACGCUGUAUCUGGGCAACGUCUUUUACUCGCUGACGAUCGCAUUGAUGGCGACAAACCUCGUGGUGCAGGUGUUGGGUCUGAUGCAGCCUCUGGACAUCAUGCUCAACGGUCUGUCGAUUGUGAACCUCAUCAUCGCUGCCGGAAUUGCAGUGGAAUUCUGCGGUCACUACGUCCGAUUUUUCGCCAAGGCGCAAGGCACAGGUGACGAGCGCGCUCGCGAUGCCCUUCGUCAAGUAUUCACAUCAGUGAUUUUCGGUAUCACCAUCACCAAGAUCAUCGGUCUCAGCGUUUUGACUCUUGCCGACUCGCGCGUGUUCAAGAAGUACUACUUCCGCAUGUACAUGUUGGUGGUGCUCUGUGGUGUGCUCAACGGCAUGCUACUACUGCCUGUGCUACUCAGCACCACCACCGACGUCAAGAACUUUUUCCUUCGCCGGGACUCGCAGAAGACGGAGUUGCGCUCAGCACCUGUAACACGAGUCGAUUAA